AUGCAUCACAGAGAGCAUCAGCAACAGUUUUGGAUCAGUGGUGGCAGCUUGUUGCUGCGAAAAGCUUCUUCUGGGUUUGGACUUUUGAACAGAAACAGAGAUGAUGGCACGAAGAUGUUGAAGUGGGACUUCAAAGUUGAGGCUUUUUGGAAUGAUUCAAGACCCACUGUUGUAGAGCUGGAAGCCAUCAACGACUGUGAUCACUUUGAUCAGAUUCUACGCCAUGCACAAGAGCAAUCCCAGCCCAUUAUCAUUGACUGGAUGGCAGCUUGGUGCCGCAAAUGCAUUUAUUUGAAGCCUAAAUUGGAGAAAUUGGCUGCUGAAUAUGACACCAAGGUCAAGUUCUAUUAUGUUGAUGUCAACAAGGUACCUCAAGCUCUGGUUAAGCGUGGAAACAUCUCUAAAAUGCCAACAAUUCAGAUCUGGAAAGAUGGGGAGUUUAAAGCAGAAGUGAUUGGGGGACAUCAAGCCUGGCUUGUACUUGAUGAAGCCUCUGUCCUUGUAAUCUUUUCUAACCACAGCAUAUAA